AUGUUAUGGAUUGGGAUGUACCUCGCGUUAGCGUCUCUGGUUUGCAUCCUUUUCAUGGUGGCUGAUCUAUUACAUGGUUUACGUAGCAGAAUGCUAUCGUUUCCAUCUGAAUAUUUCACAAUUAAUUCUGCUUCUCUUACGGUAAUAUCUGUUGCAAUGAAGUUACCUGUGGAUCUAAGUGGUUCCAUGCCGGGUUAUGUGGACCAAGUGGCAAAGCUCGGAAGCAUGGCCUUUAUGUGUACCAUGAUGGCUAAUUUAUUGCUUUCUUUAGGAACCAUGGACAGCAAUGAACUUUUAUCAAACCUCGCAGCUUUGUCUGUUCAAGUCAUCACCUUGGUUGUGAAUGUUUGCAUUCAAAUGCAAACGGGAGCUGUAUCCAUAUCAACCCAUAAAGAAGAUCCCCGUAUCAUACAACUUACUUCACCUACACAUAUAAGUACCCAUCCUAAUCCUAUAUGUUCAUCUUUGGCGAUUCUAAAAUCCAAACAGAUUUUGGACUCAGAUUACCGAUAUGGUCUUGAGAAAGCUUCACAACACAUGCAACCAUCACCAGGAGAAAUAUUAACAGUUGAGAAGCUACAAAACCAUGUGAGAAACCAUUGGAUGAUGGUAGAAAGUGGCAGCUGCCUCCAUUUCAUAACAGCUUGCUUUCAUCCAACAUCUGCUUCUGGGGUAAUAUGUCUAUUAGUCACCAUCUUACACACUUAUACUAUGUCCGGGACUAUUAAAGCCAUGUUGGCUAAGGACUAUGGUUCGGAUUAUGGCUGGUCCAUGCUAGUAAUUCUCAUAGUACAAUCUAUCGGAGUCCUGAUUGGUACAAUUGUACCACUUUCUAGAUGUUUUGCAACCUUAGAAUUUAAAACGUCCUUUUCAAUCCACUUUAAGGUCUUUAAAGUAGAACCUCAUUGGACUCAUAAGUUAAAUGAUUGGAAACGAGCUAGUAUAAGACUCCCAUUUCAUAGCCGCACUUCCAAAAGGCUAAUUCUCUGCAUAUGUAUACAACUUCAGGAGGGAGUUGUGGUGUUGUGCAAGAUAAUAGCCUUGAUUCCGUUAGUGUUUGUGAUAUGCGUCUCUUAUUGUUUCGAUUAUCUGAAGUCCAUGUUUAAUUCAUUGAGAGAAGAUGAGAGGUUUCACCAAGAUGUAAUCAUAGAUAUUAACCCAUAUAUUUUGUAUUUUGAAAAUGGGAUGUGGGUUGGUAAGAGAACAUUGGAAGGCUUUUCAAAAUCAGUGAACCCAUUGAUACAAAAGGGUGCAAAAGGCCAACCUAAUUAUCUAAUAAAGCUCAUUCGAGAAAACUCUACGGUUGGUUUUCAUGGAGUUGCAGUAUUUGACCAGACUAAUGAUGAUGAUGAUGAUUGUUGGAGUUUAAAUGUGGUAACCCUUACAACGAUUGCGGUUUCUCUACCUGAAAUCGAAAAGGAGAAAGUUGAUUGUUUGUUGGAAUGUGUUAGGGAAGGUCUAGUAUAUGUCACAUUGGUGGAAAAAAGCCUGGAUGUUAUUUAUGAUCACGUAAUUCGUCAACAUGCAGCUGGAACUUUGUGGCAAGAAAUUAGAUUCACCAAAAAAUGGUUAGGAAACGAGUUGCAAAACCCUGCUUCUCAAAACGAUCCACCUGGACAGAUUGUUAAAUGGUUCAGGGAGAAGGCUAAAAAUCACUUGGAGUUCUGCUGGAAUGAUGAUGCAGACGGUGAUGAUGCGACGCACAGGCGUAUUUGUUUCAACUCGAUGGACCGUAUAACCGAAACAAUUAUACGUAGGUACGGCACCAACAUUGAUGAUGGCACCCUUGUCUCACCAACUUACCACAAAUCAUAA